AUGUCUUUCAAGAUCAUUACGGAAUUUAACGUCAUUAGUGGUCAAUUCUCCACAAUUACGCUUGACCUACUAUCGGAGAAUUUGAAUCUUUGCUGCACGCCCACCGUAACUAAGGUUUCGACGAGCAAGAUGAUGGCUGAUAUGUUGCAUAACGCGAUAUGUGCUAUGUCUCUUGAAGAAGAAGAACCUCUCACGCUCCCUGACAGCCCUAGAUUCAGGGUCAUUAAUGAAAACGAAAGAAGCCUCUUGGGGCGUCUCUUAAACCCUGAUUGCCAAUCCAUGGCGAAGAUGAUUGAAUACAUGCCAACUGCAUGGCGUGUGUAUGGAAGGGUCUGGGGAAUUGCACUCUCCAGAGAUCGUUUUCAGUUUGUGUUUCAGCGGGAGGAGGAUCUCCAAACAGUGUUACAAGACAGACCUUGGUCCUAUAAUCACUGGACGAUGAUGCUGGAACGAUGGACAGCAAACCCACCGGAAGGAUUUUUACAAUCGAUGUCCCUUUGGAUUCGAAUUCGGAACAUUCCUCCGAUCUUCUACACCGCUGAAACAAUGUACAAGCUUGCAUCGGAGGUUGGGAAAGUUGAGGAGAUAAAUUAUGAUCCUAAAAUAUCCCAGACAAAGGAAUACAUCCGAGUGAUGAUCACCUUUGAUGUCGCGAAUCCAGUCAAGGCGACAAGGAAACUGAAUGUUCCAUCGGGACGUACGGUCACUAUUGAAUUUGAGUAUGAAAAGAUUCACAAGAGAUGUUUUCAUUGUCUGAGGCUCACUCACGAGAAGAUUCGUUGUCCACUGCUGAGAAGAGGGCAUGGAAAUGAUCGUAGAGUUAUUCAUGACCGGGUUCCGGAACAUAGCCUGGAACGCAACAGAACAACGUCAAUGCCGCUGAAAGGAGUUUGUUUGGAGGGCCCUCCUGGUUUCCCAAUACUUUUCCCUGAGCUCUCUCCAGAGGACCGCAAGAUGGCCAUGUUGUAUAUCUCGCACUCAGAUGAAACAGAGAGAUUGGCGAGAAUUGAGAGGGUGAAGCAGGGGAUUGCAGAGAAUGCCUCUGAAUCAUCUCUACGUUUGACUCGAAUCACUAAAGAGUUGGACAAAGGGAAAGGGCACAUAUUCUCUUAUACGGAACCACCCCUAGAGAGGUCACAGAAGAACCUGGCCUUAACUGCGUCGAAAGAUCCCCGGCGACAUGAUCUACACUCGGAUGGUGAAUCUGGCUCAUCAGGACCACAUUUCUCUUCCCAAUCAGCUCCGAAUCUGGCUCCGACAGUUUUUUGUCUUGGCCCUUCUUCGGAGGGGCUUACUACCGGAAACGUUGGAUCAAAAAAGCCACAAAGGAGAAGACCUCAGGCCUGGAAAAGAAGAGCAAUGCCAAAAGCUGGAACAAGGGAGACAGAUCUCUCAGCUCCGUCCUCACUUCCUCCAUCAUCCUCUACGAAAAGAAAGUCAGUUACACCCUUGGAUACGCCAGAAAGCAAAAACCCAAAGUUCUCAAACUCUACGGUGGCUUCCGUAUUGAAACUGCUGCCUACCCAAUGA